AUGUCGACAGUUACUAUGACAGAGGGCGCUCAGCCCGAAGCAAAAGAUAUCGCAUCCCGCUUGUUAAAUGGCACACUUCACGCCCAGUGGCCUAACAUCGAGGAAUUUCAGACUAUUGACGGCCUAUUGAAGUCCCACGCCACUCAACCGGAUGACGCAAAGCGACCGCUGAUAUGCUAUCCAAUUCGUGGAGCUGCCGAUUUUGAAGAGCACACAGCCGGGGACAUCGACCGCUAUACCGAUGUCGCUGUUCGCUAUUACAUGGAGCAGGGGCUUGCGCCUGCGGACCCGAGUCUUGAAAAGGCCCCAGUGGUAGCUAUGCUGGCUGGAUCUAGUUUCGAGGUGAUUCUGACGCAAUUUGCAUUAAACCGCCUGGGCUAUGCUAUUCUCUUCUUGUCUACGAGACUCACAGCCCCUGCCUAUACGCGGCUAUUGGACAUGGCGGAUUGCAGCCAAAUGAUCAUCAAUAAGCAGUUCCAGCAAGUCACCAAUGAGAUUUGCAUCGAGCGUCCUGAUUGCAAGAGUUUCCCUCUAUUACAGCGUGAAAACUGGUUCAACCGUCCUGCCAGCCUACCUCGCUUCAAGCGAGCGGGCGUGGAUUUGUCACGAGAGGGCAAGAAAAUUGCCUGGAUCCUGCAUUCGUCUGGAAGCACUGGAUUCCCCAAGCCCAUUUUCCUAAGCAACCUCCAAACCCUGGCAAAUUUCCGCAAGAGCUUCGGGCUCCGUCUUUUCAAUAUCAGCCCACUGUUCCACUCCCAUGCUUUAAUGGAAUUUGGACGGGCAUUCUAUACUCGCGCAACGGCUUACCUCGGAAAUCACUCUCUUCCGGUCACCUACCAGAACCUGUUUGAUGCACUGCAGGUAGCCAAGCCACAACAGAUCAGUGCCGUGCCAUAUGUUAUCAAGCUAUUGGCAGAACAGCCCGAAGGCAUUCAAGCUUUGGCUCGCCCACAGCUAGUGCUGUAUGGCGGAUCUAGCUGUCCAGAUGACCUCGGCGACCGACUUGUCGCCCAAGGCGUAAACCUGGUGGCGAAUUAUGGAGCGACAGAAACCGGGCAGAUCAUGACUUCUUUCCGCUCUCCAGGAGACACGGAGUGGCAGUACAUGCGGCUGCAUCGUCCAGUUGCCGAUUACACACUCAUGGACGAAAUUUCACCUGGAGUUUUUGAGUGUGUAGCGUUAGAUGGACUACCGAGCAAGGGGCCUUCGAACUCGAAGCCGCCCUUCAGUGCGAAAAACCCCGAAAACAGCUUCCGAACAGCCGAUCUAUUCACAAGACACCCUGACCCGGAGAAGAGCAACCGGUACAAAUACCUCAGUCGACUGGACGAUCGAAUUACACUGGUCAACGGAGAGAAAGUACUCCCCAUUCCCAUUGAAGGUCGCGUUAGAGAAGAGCCAAUUGUGAGCGAAUGUGUUGUGUUUGGCUUCCAACGAACUGUGCCUGGUGCGUUAAUUUUCCGCGCGCCUGGAAAAGCAACACACCUAGAUGAUGGCGAGUUUUUGGAGACUAUCUGGCCCGCGGUAGAGGCAGCAAAUACUCGUGCUGAGACGUUUUCUCGAAUUCCAAAGGACUUGAUUGUGAUCAAGGGCGCUGAUGUACCCUAUGCUAAGACCGAUAAGGGAACCUGCAUCCGGGCUCAAGUCUACCAGCAAUUCGAGGAGGAUAUCGCACAGGUGUAUGCCAAGUUCGAAGGAAAUGGGCAGAAGAGAGGCACUCUUGCUCUCGAUGUGCCAGAAUUGAAGAGCUGGCUACUGGCACGGUUCAGUGAAGACUUGGGCAUCUCACUGUCUAGCGCCGAGGCAGAUAUCUUCUCUGCUGGCGUUGACAGUUUACAGACAACACAGAUUUGGAGAUACAUCAUGCGCGACCUCGAUAUUGGCGAGGUUGGAGAGCUGUCCCAGAACAUCGUUUUCGAGAAAGGAACGGUCAGCGCACUUGCGAAACACCUCUAUCAAAUGCGUACUGGCCAAGAAUUCGAGAAAGAAGAUGAGCUGCACGUCAUGCGCGAGCUGAUCGAAAAGUACUCACACUUCACUCAACAUUUCCCGACUAUCGCUCAACAGCCAGAGGCAGAGGUUGUGAUGGUCACCGGUGCAACAGGCAACCUGGGAGCCUUUAUUGUCGCAGAAUUACUAAAACGACCAACCGUCUCCGAAGUAUGGGCAAUUGUACGGGCACCAGGACAAGCAGCAGCAGGAGCUCGUCUAUACAAGUCCCUCAGCGACCGGAAUAUCGUGCUCACAGAUUCCGAAGCGGCCAAGCUCCACGCAGUGCCUAGCGAUUUAUCCCAGCCUAACAUCGGUCUAUCUGACCACGUCCUCCACCAUCUACUAUCAUCCCUGACAUGCGUGAUCCACAGCGCCUGGGCCGUGAAUUUCAACCUCGGCGUACGCUCAUUUGAGCAGCAGCACAUCCGCGGAACAUGGAAUCUGAUCAAUCUCUGCCUACGCUCCCAUCUACCGAAGCCAGCCCGAUUCUUCUUCUGCUCGAGUGUCAGUGCCGGAAGCAACACCCCCAAGCCGGCAUCAAUACCCGAGGCCAUGAUUGAGAAUCUGGAGCAUGCGCAGCGUAUCGGCUACGGAAGGUCGAAGCUGGUCACCGAGCACAUCACCCGCAAUGCCAUGCGCCAGACGGGUAUGCAGUCCCGGGUUCUGAGAAUCGGUCAGCUUGGUGGUGAUACCGCCAGCGCACAAUGGAACGAGACGGAGGCGAUAGCACUCAUGUUCCGCAGCGCAUUGACAACAGGCGCAUUGCCCCGAUUGGAUGAGCGGCCGAGCUGGCUUCCAGUUGAUCAGUGCGGACAAGCAAUCACGGAUCUUGCGAUGAAUGUGGAUUCUGCAUCGGCGGAUGUCGAUCUGGUUUAUCAUCUGGUCAAUCCGCAGACAUUCAGCUGGGCGGAUGACUUGCUGCCGGCUCUGAAGAAGGGCUGUGCAUUGCCGGACUUCGAAGUUGUGUCUCCGCAGGAAUGGCUCCAAAGGCUUGCAAGUAGCGAGCAGGAUCCGGAGAAGAAUCCGAGUAUCAAGCUUGUUGAUUUCUGGCAUUCGAAGUAUGCGGCUGCCACUCAGACUCAGGAUCAGAACCAGGUGCAUGGGAAGAGAGGUUCUGGGUUGGUUUUUGAGUCUGGGCGUACGAUCCUGGAUACCCCAUCCCUAGCCCUUGUUAAGGACCCUGUGAGUGGAGGGCUGAUCCAGCGGUAUGUUGAGGCUUGGAUGAAGAGGUGGACUGGUCAAUAG